UGUGACCCAAAAUACACAAAAAAGCUCUGCUUUGCUUUUAGAUUUUUUUAUUCCGCGUGUUAAUAAAUACACAACGAGCAUGUUUUGAAGUUUGUGUGUGCGUGCGCGCAUGUGUGUCUGUGUGGGUGUGUGCAAGAGUCCUUUCUGGGAAAUCAUGCUGUUUCACAGUGGAACAAGCUGCUUAUAAAAGGGAUUCCCACCCCUCACGUAGCUGAACUUGCUUGUUAGGACAGGAGGAGACUUCCAAGCAUUUCUUCAAAUGACCCCUCUUUAAAAGGUUGUUGGCAUUUCUCAGUUGUUCCCAGGAAGAGCAGGUCAGAGGCAGAAUUUCUUCAAACAUUCCCUGUGUAAAAGCUUCUCUGCUGGGGCACAGAACCUGGAUCAUCAUGUCUUCUGUAGGAAAUGAGACAGUGGAGAUGGCAGCGCUCGGUCGACCCUUCCAGCUGGGAAUGCUGUAUGACUGCCGGAAGGAUUCUCUUAUUCCAGGCAUCACACUGUGGGAUCCAGAGGAACUGAAAAAGGACACUGAAGAGCGUUCCCAGCCUAAAACAGAGUUCAGUGUCACGGCCUCAGACUCCAUUGAAGACAAAGCUUCUGCUUUAAAGGCGUCUGCUGCACUGAAGGCAAGUCUAAUGGGGGGUUUGGUUGAGAUCGAAGGAGCUGCUAAAUACUUCAACGACACAAAGAAAUCUAAAAAGCAAUCCAGAGUCACCCUAACGUACCACACAACAACACGAUACGAGCAGCUGACUAUGAAACAUUUGGGCGAAGGGAAAGUAUCUCAUAAAAGAGUGUUUGAGGACGGUACAGCAACCCAUGUGGUCACAGCUGUGCUGUACGGAGCUGAUGCAUACUUUGUAUUUGACCGUGAGGUCUCCACAGAUGAGAAACAGCAACACAUAGAGGGGAAUAUGAAGGUAGCUAUAAACAAACUAAAAGCAAUUACUAUUGAAGGGGAAGGCUCACUUGACAUGACAGACACAGAGAUGGAUGAUGUUAAAAAGUUUAGCUGCACAUUUCAUGGUGAUUUCCGACUGGGAUCCAAUCCAUCUACUUUCCAAGAUGCUGUUCAAGUCUACAAAACCCUUCCGAAGCUGCUUGGGGACAAUGGAGAGCAUGCAGUGCCUGUCAAGGUCUGGCUGUACCCAUUAAUGAAGUUAGACUCCAAGGCAGCCAGGCUUGUACGAAACAUUAGUGACCAGUUAGUUACAUGUUCACAGACAGCUUUAGAGCAGUUACACGCAGUUGAAAUGCAAUGCAAUGACAUGAUAGAAGACAUUGUUCCCCAAACAUUUCCUGAGGUCAAGGAGAAGAUCCAACAGCUGAAACAAAUGAGUCAGCAGUACAAGCUGAGUUUCAUGAGACAGUUAGCAAGUGCGCUGCCAGCCAUCCGCGGCGGUGGGCAAGAGGAAGGAGUGCUGGCAGAGGUUUUACAACACAAUGAAGAGUCUCCUUUUAACAACAAAUCACUAAAAAUGUGGCUGGACAGAAAAGAAAGAGAAAUUAAUGUAGUUGGUUCUUUCCUUACUGAAUUUGAGGGUCUUAAUCAAUUCAAGGGCGUACAUGCUGUGUCUUCAGUGAAUAAGCUGGAGCGAGCAGUGUUAGACCGCACAGCUGAGAAGGUUGUUUGCUUUACAUUCACUUCACUGCAUGAGCCUGAACCAUAUCUAUCAGCCCUGUCCAACUAUCUGAAUCCUCAUUUGAAGAAGAGCACUCCAAGUGUAACACCCGAUACCUACACACAGCAAGACAGCAACCACUGGGUGUGUGAUGAAUCUAUCCAGAAGAUGAUUUGCUGUUCAGAUGUAUUCCUUGAGUUAGUGAAAAUCAACAAGGACAAUGAAAAAACAAAGUUCUUAAUAGCUUCAAAACCAGACAAGAAGUUUCCUGGAGCUGGCAUUCUUCUGUAUGAAAAGAGAUCUUUUAAAGGCACAUAUUUUGAGCCCCCAUCUAAACCGGACACCCCUGAGGUUUGUGGUGUGACACACGACAGUGUGACUCUGAAGCUGAUCCCUCCCAGUAGUGAUGCUAAUAAUAAAGUGACAUACAGAGUGGAAUAUAAAUGCACUGAUCAGGAGGAUUGGAUAAUUAAAACAAACACACCCACUGUAUCAGGCUUACAGGCAAACACUGAGUAUGAGUUUAGAUACACAGCAGUGGGCAUGCUGGGAUAUCCUGUGAGCAGUGACACCACCAGCAGUGUGAAGACUCUUCCAACAAGUGCACCUGGCAAACCUUCAAAACACAAGGCAACACCAUCUUCCAUAACGAUAACCUGGGAGAAGCCUUCUGUCAUUGGAGACGGGGUCACUAUACAUGGUUACAAGAUUGAAUACAGAAGGAAUGAGGCCAGCAAAUGGACAGAAACAACAACUGAUAAAGAAGAAUACACUUUGGAAGAUCUGGAUGAGAAAGCAUCCUACAUAAUCAGAGUUUCCUGUGACUGUGGAGAACUCGGCUCAAGCGCAGCUAGUGAGGAGGCUGUGAUAGAAACAGCACUUAAGAUGAACAUUGAAAAGGACCGCACACUGUGCACCAAGAUAAAAGGAACAAGGAAUCCUAGUAUUUACAAGCUUACAUUAGAAAAAGAGACAUCUGGACAUUUCCACAAACUUGUCUUUGGAAGAAAGCCACUCAGUGUGAUAAACAGAACCAUCAUGGUCCUCGGAGCGACUGGAUCAGGGAAAACCACCCUCAUCAAUGGGAUGAUCAACUACAUCCUGGGUGUGGAAUGGGAAGAUGACUUCAGAUUCAAGCUGAUAAAUGAAGAAACCAACAGAUCACAAGCUCACAGUCAGACAUCUGAAGUCACUGCCUAUCAGAUCUAUCAUAAAGAAGGAUUCAAGGUUCCACACUCCCUCACUAUUAUAGACACACCCGGGUUUGGAGACACCAAAGGCAUCCAGCAAGACAAACUGAUCAUUGAAAAGAUGAGAGAGUUUUUUUCUUCCCCAAAUGGCAUUGACAGUAUUGAUGCAGUGUGCUUUGUAGUCCAGGCUGCUUUAGCACGUCUCACACAUACACAGAAAUAUAUCUUUGAUUCAAUUCUCUCCAUUUUUGGGAACGAUAUUGAAAACAAUAUACAAUUACUUGUCACUUUUGCUGAUGGAAAGGCCCCUCCUGUUUUAGAUGCUAUCAAUGCUGCUGGUGUGCCUUGUCCUAAGAGUGACACAGGUGUUCCUGUGCAUUUCAAAUUCAAUAAUUCAGUCCUGUUUGAGCCUAAUGCAGGAGGCAGUGAAGAUGGUUUUGACAGAAUGUUCUGGAAAAUGGGUUCAGCCAGUAUGAAAAACUUCUUUAACAAUUUAGACAGCAUGGAGACAAGAAGUUUACAGCUGACAAAGGAAGUUCUUGCUGAGAGAAAACAGCUGCAGGUUUCUGUCGAAGGAUUGCAACCAAUGAUCAAAGUUGGUUUGAGUAAACUGGAUGAAAUAAGAGAAACACAGGCUGCACUGGAACGUCACAAGCACUGCAUAGAGGCAAAUAAAGACUUUGAGUAUGAAGUGGAGAUUACAGUGCCGAAACAGAUAGAUAUCAGUGGGACGGGAAGGUUUAUAACCAACUGCCAAAAAUGUCACUACACAUGUCAUUAUCCCUGUGCUAUUGUAAAUGAUAAGGACAAGAAUAAGUGUUGUGCAAUGAAUAGUGAGGGGUUCUGUACAGUUUGCCCUGGCAAUUGUGACUGGAGUGUACAUUUCAACCAAAAGUACAGAUGGGUGUAUGAAACUACAAAAGAAAAGAGAACAUAUGAGGACCUGAAAAAGCAAUAUGAGGACGCAAAGGGGAAAAAGAUGAGUGCAGAGGAAAUAGUGAAAACCCUUGAGCAGGAAUUCAGUGCUGUUAAAUAUAAGGUUCUGGGUCUGAUUGAACAAUUAUCACAGAGUCUUUCCCGACUUCAAGCGAUUGCCCUACGUCCAAAUCCACUCGCAACUCCAGAUUACAUUGACCUGCUGAUCCAGUCUGAGGAACAAGAAGCCAAUCCUGGGUUUAAAGAACGCAUGCAGUCACUACGCCAAGUCAGGGAGGGGGCAGUGAUACUACAAAAGGUUGCCAGGGGGGAAAACCUGCUUCCAGAGGAGAAGAAAGAGUUGAAACAAAGCAAAAUGGAAGUAGUUAAAGGGAUCUUUACAGACUUCAAAGACUGGGUUACAGGGGGCAAAAAAAAUAAAUAAUAUAGCCUAGGUUAAAUAAAUCUGGCUUUGCUAUUAAAAAUACCUGCUUUGUAUGUGACCUAAUAAUAACACACUGUAUCCUGUGGAAAUUCAAAUGAAUUAUUUAAACUAUUAAUUUCUUUAACUCCUAGCUAUAUGAAUGAAUAAGCUUUUUAGAGCAGUCACUAAAACAAUGUAAGUGCUGUGUAUUGAGAUUGUGAUUUUGUUAAAGGGAUUCGGAUACAUUACUUUGACUUUCUUGUUAUUCAUCAUACUGUGUAUUCAUUCAAACCUGUGAGAACAUUUAUUAUAAACAACAAAAUAAUGAAUUGCUGUGCAGAGUAAAGAUGAGUAAAAGCAGGUACGAUAUCAGUAAUGCCACCAGAACAGCCUGUUUAGAAUAUAGAUCAUUUCUGAUGCCAUCCUUUAUGAAGAACUGCAUCACCCAAACACAUUGAUUAGAGCAUUUUGUAGGACAGUAAUCAGUCAUUUGCUUUUGUUGUAAAACCUUUUAAUUAGGCUAAUAGUUAUAACUGUGUUCCUGCUUUGCAAUGGUGAAAGAGACUUUGUACUUUCUCACCGGUGAAAUAUGGCUUUCAUUUGAACAUUUUUAAUACAGGUAGCUUAUUUGAUUUCUUUUUUUUUUAUUAAACAAAUGUAUCACUGUCAUUUAAACUGUCUUUGUUAAUCAAUUUUAAAUAAAUACAUUUGUGAGUUUCUCA